AUGACGAACGCAAGAGCGUACCUUAGGCAGCUCCUCAGCAAGCUCGAAGUCAACCAGGUCGCGUCAGAUGAAGACUUGUCGUAUGCAGAGGGUUUCCUCAGGAACGAGGAUCUCUAUCCCGUCCCACCCGAGAGGCGGACCUGGGCGAUGUGGAAUUACGUGUCAUUCUGGAUUACGGACGGAUUCAACAUGAACACAUGGGAGAUUGCUUCCUCUAUGAUUGACGCGGGCCUUUCGUGGUGGCAGGCGUGGCUUUGCGUCUGGCUCGGAUACGGUAUAGCGGCGCCGUUCAUCGUGCUGAACGCGCGGCCAGGCGCCAUGUUUCAUAUCACCUUCCCUGUGGUUGCUCGUGCGAGCUUCGGCAUCUGGGGAAGUCUUUGGUGUGUGUUCAACCGAGCCGCAAUGGCUUGCAUAUGGUAUGGCGUGCAGGCGAGCCUCGGAGGAUCGUGCGUGCUCGUCAUGCUACGAGCGAUAUGGCCAAGCAUCGAGAACAUCCCGAACACGAUGCCGGCCUCGUCCGGGACCACGACCCGGGACUUCGUGUGUUUCUUCCUCUUCUGGCUCAUCUCUCUUCCGGCGAUCUGGCUGCCCCUCCACAAAGUGCGGCAUUUGUUCACGGUCAAGGCCAUCGUCGUCCCGAUCGCAGGUGUCACCUUCUUUGUCUGGUGCAUCGUCAAGGCGCACGGCGUCGGGCCCAUUGUGCGCCAGCAAGGAACGGUGCAUGGCUCGAAUCUGGCCUGGACGAUGAUAUCGAGCAUGAUGUCGUGCAUCAGCAACAUGUCGACGCUCGUAACGAAUGCUCCGGACUUUGCGUCGAGAGCACGGAGGCCGCGGGAUGCUUUGUGGCCGCAGCUCAUAGCCGUUCCGCUUGGCUUUGGGAUUGUCUGCUUUCUCGGGAUCAUCGUCAGCUCUUCCUCCCAGGCCAUCUAUGGAGAAGCCCUUUGGUCACCUGUGGACCUACUGGGCACGUUUCUGGACAACAACCCGUCCCAUGCUACUCGAUUCGCGGUAUGGUUCAUAUCCGCGGCAUUCAUCAUCGCACAGGUGACAUCUAGGACAAACAUCUCCGCCAACUCGAUCAGCGCUGGAUGCGACCUGACAGCCCUCUUUCCGCGCUUCAUCAACAUCCGCCGCGGAGGCUAUAUAGCCGCCAUAGUAGGGUUGUGCAUGCUUCCGUGGAACCUGCUCAAGAGUAGCAGCAACUUCACAACCUAUCUUUCCGCAUAUUCUGUUUUCCUAAGCUCGAUUGCGGGCGUGAUGGUCACCGACUACUAUCUCAUCCACAAGGGACACUACCGCGUCAGCGAGCUCUACUAUCCCGGAAAAGACGGCUGGUACUCAUACACGUAUGGGAUCAAUUUCCGAGCAUAUGCAGCGUACGUGUCGGGUAUCGUGAUCAAUGUCGUAGGCUUCGCCGGCGCCACUGGGCGUCCAGUGCCGGAGGCCGCCAUCCACAUCUACGACCUGUCGUUCUUCACCGGUUUUGCCGUAUCGGCGACCGUCUAUUACACACUCAACCGUAUUUUCCCUGCCGCAGGGGCUGCGAAGACGUUCCAGGAAGUCGAUCAUUCGGGCAUGAUAGAGCGUAUCGACAGCCUCGAUGAGACUGACGACUCGGAGCUGGAGAAGACCGACGAUGCGGGCACAGAGGCUGACAAGAAGGAGUUGGAAAUCGCAGCGAGCAUCCAUUCCGCUUGA